GCUCUGAGUUGCCGUAUGGUCCCCACACACAGGCUGUAAAAGAAUAGUAUAUGCUAUAUGUUCAUUUGACAUGAAGGCAAAGGAAGAGUUGAGAUAGAGACCGAGCAACCAUACCCCACACCCACGCAUCCUUCUUCUCUUGUCAUUUCCCCACACUCUCUUUCCCUCCAUGAGCGCCAUGGAUUUCUCUUCCAUCUAUGGUGUCUCACACAAACCCUUCCUCACCCUCUUCCUUCUCUUCCUUCUACCUCUCCAUUCUCACUCUCACAACUCUACAACCUCAGCUCAGAUUAACUCUAACUCCAUCCUCGUCGCUCUUCUCGAUUCCCAUUACACCGAACUCGCCGAACUUGUUGAGAAAGCGCUUCUUCUCCAGCAGCUUGAAGACGCCGUCGGCAACCACAACAUCACCAUCUUCGCCCCCCGAAACCAAGCCCUUGAACGCGACUUAGACCCUGAAUUCAAGCGUUUCUUGCUCGAGCCUCGCAAUCUCAGGUCCCUCCAGACUCUCUUGAUGUCUCACAUUCUCCCCACGCGAAUCGCCUCUCACCACUGGCCCGCCGCCGACCUCCUCCACCGCACUCUCUCCGACCACCACCUGCAUUUGGCCUCCAAGCCCUCCGGCCAGAGAACCGUCGACUCCGCCGAGAUCCUCCGCGCCGACGACGUCCUCCGCCCCGACGGCGUCAUCCACGGUAUCGAGCGCCUCAUCGUCCCCCGAUCCGUCCAGGAGGAUUUCAACCGCCGCCGCAACCUCGCCGCCAUCUCCGCCGUCCUCCCCGAGGGAGCGCCGGAGGUCGAUCCCCGCACUCACCGCCUCAAGAAGCCCGCUCCCGUCCCCGCUGGCGCGCCUCCGGUCCUCCCAAUCUACGACGCCCUGGCACCGGGACCGUUCAUCGCUCCUGCGCCGGCGCCGGGACCGGGAGGCCCGAAACACCACUUCAACGGCGAGCGUCAGGUGAAGGACUUCAUCCACACACUCUUGCAUUACGGAGGCUACAACGAAAUGGCUGAUAUUCUGGUAAACCUAACGUCUCUGGCCACCGAAAUGGGAAGGCUAGUUUCGGAAGGCUACGUUCUCACCGUUUUGGCCCCAAACGACGAAGCCAUGGCGAAGUUAACGACGGAUCAGUUGAGCGAACCCGGCGCACCGGAACAGAUCAUGUACUAUCACAUUAUUCCUGAGUAUCAAACCGAAGAGAGUAUGUACAAUGCGGUUAGAAGGUUCGGUAAGGUUAGCUACGAUACACUUCGCUUACCGCACAAGGUUCUGGCGCAGGAGUCUGACGGCUCCGUUAAAUUCGGUCACGGCGAUUCCUCCGCUUACCUGUUCGACCCUGAUAUUUACACCGAUGGAAGGAUCUCCGUUCAGGGAAUUGACGGCGUUCUUAUCCCUCCCGAAGAAGAAGAAGAAGAACGCACUCGCCGCAUCAGUCCACUUGUCAAGGUUGCUGCUCCUAAACCAAGAAGAGGGAAGUUGAUGGAAGUCGCCUGUAGCAUGUUUGGAUCUUUUGGACAAGUCUGCCAAUGAAAUCGCUUUCUCAACUAAUUACAAAAAUAAUAAAGAGUGAAUGUAUGUAAACUCGAUGAAUGGUAAGUUUUACUUUUACCCACCACUCAUUGCUUGCUUUUAUUCAUUUCUUGCAAUAGCAGGUCUGAUCUGAUUCAUAUUUUCCCCCCAUGCAUUAUGCAGUUGUAGAGUAAUGAUUUCAAUACAAAAAGGAUGGAAGCAUCGUGAAUCUAUAGUUGGAGAGCGAUUACACCGAAGAUAACAAAAACAAAUUUUCUGUCAUUUUGGUCUCAUACUGUAAUUACAUACCAUUUUUUUAUUAAAUUUUAUUUUAUGUUGAUUCUCCGUCUUUAUGCGUAAAUAACCGACACCCCUUCUUGGUUGCCUUUUUUUUUUUUUCUUCUUGUUUGUAUGUAUGUGAAUCAAUUCAUACAUAAUCUACUUUAUUAUUAUUAUGC